UCGGGAAUGAACAUGCUGGAAAAGGAGGCGGUCGAGUCUCCGCCCGGCCGGAGCCUGGGGCUGCAGCCCCGGGGCGGGCAGUGGGGCGGGGCUGGGAAAGUUGAGUAUUAGUCGCCGAGGGCUGGGCUCCGUGCAGGAGCGCCGGCCGCCGGGACCGUAGAAGGCUGGGGCGGGGGGGUAGGUGUGGCUCUGCCUGCGUGACCCGAGCCCCGGUCCCGGUUGCCGUUGCCUCCCGCAGCUGCAGCCUCUCAGCCAUGGGCGCCGUCUGGUCCGCCCUGCUGGUCGGAGGGGGCCUGGCCGGAGCGAUUUUCGUGUGGCUGCUGAGGGACACGGGGAAGGAGAGCGACGCGGAGCAGAAGGACGCCCCUCCUGGGGACGCUGCGGCUCCGGGAGGCGAUCAGGAUGGCGCCGGGGGACUGAGCCCUGGACCUUCCAGGCGGGAGCUGGUCACCAAACCAGAGCAUCUUCAAGAAAGCAAUGGAUGUUUGGUUUCAGAGACCAAAGGCCAUGGUAACUUACAGGAUGCAGCAUGGAGACUGCAGAGUCCUUCUGGAAAAGACAGUGAUUGUGACAGUUCAAGAGAGCAUGUUCCUUCUGGACAGUUUCCAGACACAGAAUCUCUAGCUACAUCGGAGACUGGUAACUCUCGGGGUUACUCUGAAGUUUCAAGAAAUGAAAGCCUUGAAUCUCCUAUAGGAGGAUGGGGAUUCCAGAAAGGACAAGAGGCACUUGCUAAAGUAGCUUCCUGUUUUGCAGAAAAGUUGUAUUCUAGCAACCUGGUCAUUGACAGAGCCAAAGAAGUGAGCCUUGCACAGUUGAGCAAUCAGGACCGGGCCAACAAUGAGGACUGGGAAGUGGUGUCCAGGCACUCAUCUUGGGGAGAUGUCGGUUUGGGUGGCAGUCUUGAGGCUCCAGUGUUAAGCCCAAACCAGGGAAUGGACUGUGACAGAAGCACUAUUAUGGAACCAAGAGGUCAGGAAGUGGAUGUGAGCCGAAAAAAGGUAGCAGUGGUGUCUUCAGGGUCUCAGCGAGUCAGUGUCCGGUUCCAGGUGCAUUAUAUCACAAGCACUGGGACGCAAUUCGUUGCAAUAACUGGAGACCACGAGAGUCUUGGGAGGUGGAAGGCCUACAUCACACUCCAGCGUAGCAAGGAUGGGUUCUGGUUUCGUUCUGUGCCCCUGCCCGCAGAUACGGUGGUGGAAUGGAAGUUUGUAGUGGUAGACAAUGGGGAGAUUACCCGCUGGGAAGAAUGCAGCAAUAGGUUCCUCGACACUGGCCACGAGGAUAAAGUAGUUCAGAAGUGGUGGGGGAUUCACUGAUUCAGUGUUUCAAAGUACCAGAGAGGCUGCUGCAGAAUCUGGAAAAAGCUAAGUUUGUGGAGCACACUGAAUAAUUUUAAAUAAAGGAAGUAGAACUCCAAAUUUAGCCAUCGGCGUUGUUUCAAAUUUGCCAGUGGUUUUUGUCUAAUGUGCAGAAAUAUAUAUAUGUAGGUAAUGCUUUCAGUGAGCGUGGCCUUUUUUCCCCCAUGGCAUUGAUGGGUGGAUUUUUGCUGAUCCAUCAUUACACUUCAGGGCUUGGUCCUCUUGGGGCAUGACUUGGCCACGCCUCAGGUGUGGAUUGGCCAGGACACACACACACCACCCAGCUGCACAGGGUUCAAGCUUGAGCCUCUGGCUGAUCCUUAAGCCCAGGAGUGAAGCAAGCCUCAUUCGAAAAGAGCUGCUUUCCUGUUGGUACAACUGGAGAAACUCUCUCUUUACUACAUGCACACUUUAUAUUUAAAAAUAAUUAAUGCCAUAUG